GCCUGCAGCAGCUGGACGCGGCCGGGCUCGGCCACCGGAGACACUGCGCUGCGUCCUCGUGGAUUCCCUCGUGCCCCAGCUGUCUCGUGACCGCGCGGGCCGGGGCCUUUUUAAAAACAAAUGUCGACGUCAGGACGAUCAAGUUUGACCAACACUGGCCCGCACCGCGACUGGUCCAAUCGGAGUUCAGAUCGGCUCCUUCUCCACGACCCUCCCCUCCCCUGCGCUCUCUCUCUCUCUCUGUCUCGCUCUCUCUCUCCCUCCCAGUCUCUCUCUUUCUCAAUCCCUCCCCGUCUCUCUCUCUCUCUCUCUCUCUCUUAGUUGCACAAAAAAAGAAAAGAAAACCCCUGUCUGCAGCUGGGCUGCACCUCGAUGAACCUAAUUGGUGCGCUGCGAGCGACCAUCAUCGCAUCCCCUGGAUUUCCGUCGGCUUUCAUCCAGAACACAUGCAUUUGCUCCGACCGACGCUUUUGAGGAGUUGAAACAGACGAGGUCGGAGAAAAUGGCACAACGCGUGGUUUUGUUUCUCCUGUGGCUCUGUGACAGAUCGUCCGCAGGCUUCCCCAAUCAGAUUAACAUCGGGGGGCUGUUCAUGCGCUCCACGGUGCAGGAGCACAGCGCGUUCAGGUUCGCUGUCCAACUCUACAACACCAACCAAAACACCACUGAAAAGCCUUUCCACCUCAACUACAAUGUCGACAACCUCGAGUCGUCCAACAGCUUCUCGGUCACCCAUGCGUUUUGCUCCCAGUUCUCCCGCGGAGUGUACGCCAUCUUCGGAUUCUACGACAAGAAGUCCAUGAACACCUUGACGUCCUUCUGCGGCGCCCUGCACACCUCCUUUGUCACGCCCAGUUACCCCACCGACAAUGAGGUGCAGUUCGUCAUCCAGAUGCGCCCCGCCCUCCGCGGUGCUGUCCUCAGCCUGCUCUCUCACUACAAGUGGCAGAAGUUCGUCUACCUCUACGACACCGACCGAGGUUUCUCAAUACUGCAGGCCAUCAUGGAGGCAGCAGUGGCUAACAACUGGCAGGUGACCGCCCGCUCUGUGAGCAGCACGACGGACGCGGCCGAGUUCAAGCGCAUCAUUGAGGAGAUGGACAGGAGGCAGGAGAAGCGCUUUGUGAUUGACUGCGAGGUGGGCAGGAUCAACACCAUAUUAGAACAGGUUGUGACCCUGGGGAAGAACAGCCGUGGUUACCACUACAUUCUGGCCAAUCUUGGGUUUUCUAAUGUGAGCUUGGACAAGGUCUUUGCCGGCGGAGCCAACAUUUCGGGGUUUCAGAUCGUCAACCCUGAGAACCCGAUUGUGCAGCAGUUCAUGCAGCGCUGGGAGCGGCUGGAUGAAAGAGAAUUCCCAGAAGCCAGAAACUCUCCUCUGAAGUACACUUCAGCACUGACCCAUGAUGCCAUCCUGGUGAUAGCAGAGGCAUUUAGGUACCUGCGGCGCCAACGUGUGGAUGUCUCCCGCCGGGGUAGCGCUGGAGACUGUCUAGCCAAUCCCGCUGUACCUUGGAGCCAAGGCAUCGACAUCGAGAGGGCUCUCAAAACGGUCCAAGUGCAGGGUAUGACUGGGAACAUCCAGUUUGACAACUACGGCCGCAGGACCAACUACACCAUAGAUGUUUAUGAGAUGAAAACAGGUGGGCCAAGGAAGAUUGGAUACUGGAACGAGUACACGCGAUUUGUAAAUAUUAUGGACCCGCAGGUCUCCAACGACUCCUCAGUGGAAAACCGAACCAUUGUGGUCACUACUAUUAUGGAAGCUCCUUAUGUGAUGUACAAGAAAAAUUAUAUGCAUCUGGAGGGGAAUGACAGAUAUGAAGGCUACUGCGUCGAUUUAGCAUCUGAGAUUGCCAAACAUGUUGGAAUUAAGUACAAACUGUCUAUAGUAAUGGAUGGGAAGUACGGAGCCCGAGACCCCGAGACCAAGACGUGGAACGGGAUGGUGGGUGAACUGGUCUAUGGGAGAGCAGAUAUAGCUGUUGCACCUCUCACCAUUACUCUGGUUCGAGAGGAGGUGAUAGACUUUUCCAAGCCGUUUAUGAGCUUGGGCAUCUCCAUUAUGAUAAAGAAGCCCCAAAAGUCCAAGCCCGGUGUUUUCUCCUUCCUGGACCCGCUGGCCUAUGAGAUCUGGAUGUGUAUAGUGUUUGCCUAUAUUGGGGUGAGCGUGGUCCUGUUCCUGGUCAGUCGGUUCAGUCCUUAUGAGUGGAACCUCGAGGAUCAGGACGAGACCAAAGACCCCCAGACUCCCCCCGAUCCUCCCAAUGACUUUGGCAUCUUCAAUUCCCUCUGGUUCUCACUGGGCGCCUUCAUGCAGCAGGGCUGUGACAUCUCCCCCAGGUCUCUGUCGGGCCGCAUCGUCGGUGGUGUGUGGUGGUUCUUCACCCUCAUCAUCAUCUCGUCCUACACAGCCAACCUGGCUGCCUUCUUGACAGUGGAGAGGAUGGUCUCUCCCAUAGAAAGUGCCGAAGAUCUGGCCAAGCAGACAGAGAUAGCAUAUGGCACUCUGGACUCAGGCUCCACAAAAGAGUUUUUCAGGCGAUCCAAAAUAGCAGUGUAUGAGAAGAUGUGGUCAUACAUGAAAUCCGCUGAGCCCUCAGUGUUUGUUAAGACCACACCCGAUGGCGUAGCCCGGGUACGAAAGUCAAAGGGCAAGUUCGCCUUCCUCCUCGAGUCCACCAUGAACGAGUACAUCGAGCAGCGGAAGCCGUGUGACACCAUGAAAGUGGGCGGGAACCUCGACUCGAAAGGCUACGGUGUGGCGACGCCCAAAGGCUCUGCAUUAAGAAAUGCUGUUAACCUGGCAGUUUUAAAACUGAAUGAGCAAGGCCUCUUGGACAAAUUGAAAAACAAAUGGUGGUACGACAAGGGAGAGUGCGGCAGCGGGGGAGGUGACUCCAAGGACAAGACAAGUGCUCUCAGUCUAAGCAAUGUGGCUGGUGUCUUCUAUAUUCUGGUCGGAGGGCUGGGGCUGGCCAUGAUGGUGGCUCUGAUAGAGUUCUGUUAUAAGUCACGACAAGAAACCAAACGGCUGAAAUUGGCCAAGAAUGCCCAGAAUUUUAAGCCGGCUCCCCCGACCAACACCCAGAACUUUGCCACAUACAGGGAAGGCUACAACGUAUACGGAACCGAGAGCGUUAAGAUCUAGAGACAUGAACUCCAGAAAAUGUCCACAGAAUAGCGUCCGGACGCUCUCCGGAGUUUGCCGCCAACGCAGCAGGAGACUGUUCGAGUCAGAGGCCUCCAUGGCAGCAGGGACAUUUUUGCGGAAUGUUGUGUGGCGUCCGGGAGACAGGAUGUGGCGAUAACUCUGCUGCGAUGAAUCUACCGGAGAUUGUCCUGCUGUAUUCCACACAUGGGCCCACUCAGACAUUCUCCGUAAAUGUAACUGGAGGGCUGGUGGGAAAAGGAAACUGUCCGGACCUCAGUGCACGUCUGAGAGCAGCUUUAGUCAAUCAUGGUCAGAAGAUAGUAGGGAAAAAAACAUGAAGCUAGAAAUUCCUCCCACAUCAACUCCCUUUGAGCAUUCAUUGAUCACAAAAGCACAAUUUCUACCACUACUAAUAGCAUUAUCUUUGCCCACUUGAGGGCAGUGAAACAAGCUAUAAACUCUGCACCGAUACAGAAACGUAAGUUCAGUGGAAAUUCACAAAAUAGAUCCGUACAACAACUCUGAAAUAGAUAACGGCACAUUAAUGUACCCUGACAAGUGUAUUGUUAAAUAAACCUCGUGUGUGUGUGUGUGUGUGUUUGGAUUGAUUGCACGUGUGUGUGUGUUUUCUGUUGCAUCUUGUUUAACACAAAGUGUGACGUGUCUGUUUACAGAAGUGCAGCUGUACAACUUAAUCUUAAAGGCCCUGAAAACAUAUUUCCCUCAAUUAACGUCUUAUCACAUGAAAUAUGCUUUGAUUAUUUAGAUGAGUGACUUCUGUAUUCGUUUUGUUUUCUUGUCUUCGCACUGCUUUGAAGUGGCCAGGCCUCAGCCCGGAAAAAGGGGAUGUCAGAUACAUCAAACAGAGCCUCGUCUGCGGACGCGUUCCAGGGCGAGAACAUGCGAAAGAUCGCAAUGUGAUUGGUUGUUCAGGCAGUAGAUACAUACCUCUGAGAUCCUGUGAGCUUUCGACAACCUAACCUAAGUAGUUUUAAACAGGUACCUUUGUUUCUUAAACCAAGUAACCUAAGAACGUAAAAAGAUCGAAAGUGAAGAUAGAAAGUUGAGUUUACCCAGACCUAGAAGUUCCUCAUAACUCGAGCAUAGGACAAGCUUAGGGAAAUCCGUCCAGUUAGAAUUAUAGCCUUAGCCCCUGAAUACAUCGAUGUUAUAAUUCACCCACCACAUCCUAUUCUGUGUUUUCACUCUGAUGGUUUUAUAUUGAACUUAUAACAAAGUAGUUUGUUUCACCAAAACCUGAGCAAGUAUUUGGGGAAAACUGACAGUGAUACUAAAGAGUGAUAAUGUGGAAUAUAGCAAUACACUCAUACAAACGCCAAUGCACCAAUGAAUGAGCUCCAUUCUCACCACGUGAGCAACAAUCGUAGCAUGUUCUCAGUUUCUGGGUUCUCUGCAGCAGGCGCACAACCGGUGUUAAACUCUUAAUAAUAACUAUGGAUGUUUUCUGAAUUUAUUUUGGGUUGGUCAUUUGAGUAUUUAAAUUAAUUUAGAAGAAGUCAAGAUUUGAAACCAUGUUUUCAGGGUCUUUAAGAUAAUACGUCGCCCUUCAUGUUGACAAACCCUCACCUCUUCCCGUGUUUGCUUCCAUGUCGACACAGGUUGGGGAAACACUUGCAUUGUCCCUUACAACUGUGAC